AUGGUUUCUUUAAAUAAUGGAGAGGUUCAGUCCAGAGUGGCAACAAAUGGUUUUGGAAAAACGAAACCACCACCUUAUUCAGUAAACAUUAUCUUUUAUAUCAUUUUAAUUUCAAUUAUAUGUAAUUAUUUCGUACUCAAAUGGGGAGGAAAUGACAGUAGUAGUAUUAUUGACGGUAGUAGUAUACAAGAGAAACAACUGGUCAUAUGGGUAAAACAUCCCUUACAUACCGAUCCUGUCAAAGUUCACGUGUCAUACAAUGCUGACAUAGCUGACGUGAAAAAAGUUGUAAGACAAGAAUUGCAACCUGCACUUGAUAAAGAAAGUCUUGGUAAAGUAUUACUUUUGAGUCCUAAGCUUGGUCGGUUAAGUCCUCCUACAUUGAUAAGGAAGGUGGUUUUGGACAAAAAUGAAAAUCUAAUCGUUUUUGUGGAUAAUCUUGAAUCGCGAUUAUUCUUAAAAACGAUCACCACAGACCGUCUUCCACUACAAGUGAAUGCACCCUUAUGCCUUAAAACUGAUGAGGCUUAUAUUGCGGUGGCAAAGAUAUUGAUGGGAAGUUAUUCGCAACAAGACAUAACUGCACUCAGAAGUAAUCUUUGUGAAUCGAGCAUCGAAAGCUGGAGUUCUAGAUAUUCUUAUGCAGGACGGUAA